GAGAGCAGAGCUGGCACACAUGCUGCUGGUGUAAAAACAGCACAGAAUUUGCUUGAGCUGGGCUGCUGGUAGACAAAACGGAUUCUGACAUCUGAAGAGAGUGAUUUUGCCUUUCUCACAGAUGUACCUACCUCGGAGUAGCUCCCGGGAGCGCAACUGCGUGGAAAAGCAGCGCGUCGGAGUACAAAUUAUGUCACGCAGCCCAAUGACUGCAGACGAUCCCGGCUCGGCGCUCGCCUGGAGAUAUAAAGCUGGCUGAAGGAGCAAAAGUAGCGGCGAGCUGAGCGGGAGAGAAGCACAUUGCGGGAGGCAGGAGCAUCCUCCCGCUCCUGCGUGUGCCGUGUUUGCAGCCGGGGCCGGGCGAGGCGAGCGCGGCUCUGCCGGCGCACGGGGCGCGCUCUGCUCCGCCAGUGAGCUGCUCCGGAACCGGAGGAGCAGAGAGCGGCGUUCCGGAGAUGUUGUCCUGUUUAGUCUGGCUCGCCCUCCCCGACCUGGUUAACGCCUUUGUGACCUCAGGAAAGGUGCCCCUCAAUGGGAGCCUGGAGAAGACUUUUGUAGUCCCGAACAUGUCGGGUUUCUUUCCCUGGGACAAUGACAGCCUGGCCGACUGGCAGCGCUUUGUGGACAGGAGGCGGUCCGGAGCGGAGUCGCAGAGCAGCACGGUGAAAGCCCUGCUCAUCGCCGCGUACUCCUUCAUCAUCGUCUUCUCCCUCUUCGGCAAUGUCCUGGUCUGCCACGUUGUCAUCAAGACGAAGCGUGUGCAUUCUGCCACCAGCCUGUUCAUCGUGAACCUGGCCGUAGCCGAUAUCAUGAUCACGCUCCUCAACACACCUUUCACGCUGGCUCGUUUUGUGAACAGUACCUGGAUCUUUGGGAAGGGGAUGUGCCAUGUCAGUAGGUUUGCGCAGUACUGCUCCCUCCAUGUCUCUGCCUUGACCCUUACAGCCAUUGCUGUGGACAGGCACCAGGUUAUAAUGCACCCCCUGAAACCUCGCAUAUCUACUGGAAAAGGAGUUAUCUACAUCUCUGUAAUCUGGAUCAUGGCAACUUGUUUUUCCCUACCACAUGCUAUCUACCAAAAGCUCUUUAUCUUUGAAUACAGUGAGGAUGUUACCCGCUGCCUGUGUCUGCCAGAUUUCCCCGAGCCUGCUGACCUCUUUUGGAAGUACCUUGAUUUAACAACCUUCAUUUUGCUCUAUGUCCUGCCCCUUCUGAUCAUCUCUGCUGCCUACGUGACAGUGGCAAAGAAGCUCUGGCUGCGCAAUGUCAUCGGGGACGUCACCACCGAGCAGUACGUCGUCCUUCGCAGAAAGAACAAGAAGACCAUCAAGAUGCUGAUGCUCGUUGUCGUCCUCUUCGCAGUCUGCUGGUUCCCUUUGAAUUGCUACGUCGUCCUCCUCUCCAGCCAGACCAUCCACACCAACAAUGCCCUGUACUUCGCCUUCCACUGGCUUGCAAUGAGCAGCACCUGCUACAACCCCUUCAUCUACUGCUGGCUCAAUGACAGCUUCCGAUCGGAACUAAAGGCUUUGCUCAACAUGUGCAGAAAGCCCCCCAGGCCCACAGAACAGAGGCUUCCCUCCACGGUCCCAUCCUACCGACUGGCUUGGCCAGAAAAUGGCAACUUCAAGAGGUUGCAGGCCUCCCAUGUCUUUCCACCACCCUCCACCAUCCAGUCAGGAAAGACAGACAUCUCUGCAGUUGAGCCAAUAGUAGCUGUGAGCUAAACGGUGACCUUGGACUGCACAUAGAUUUGGCUAGAGCUAAAAUCAUGGGAAGAUGUGGAGCCCUGGCCACACAACAGGUGAUAAAACCACGAAGGAGGUUCUGCAGGAGGCAGUGUGAAAGAGCUGCAUGUCUGAUGCAGGCUGAUGACAAUGGUGUGGAGACCCUAGAGGGGAGAAAGUAAACUCUUCCCAGGAAAGAACUUCUGUCUUUGUCAAGGUGACUAUGGACUGGCUCACAGGAUGGGAUUCUCUGCAUGUGUGUUGCUGUUACCUGCAUGACUAAGCCUUUUUAGAACUAGCACGGUGUGUGUGUUUUGCUGGUACUUAAACAACAGUCUCAUCAUAUCAGAUCUCCCUUCUCCUUUUCUGAGUCUCCUUGUAGCAGCAUGGAAAUGGCUGACAUGUAGACCUUUAGGUCACUAUAUGAAUAGGAAAGCAUCUUUUCUGAACUGAGGUCUGAAAAGUCAAGACCUGUUCAGAAGGAAUGAACAGAUCUAUUCCUUUUUUUCUUUUUUUUUUUUUUUUUGGUGUAAAUACACUUAGAGAAGGGGAGGAGAUGAUAGACAUUGAUAAACGGGAGUCUGUUACACCACAGGCACUUUUUCUCAGCUAGAUUUGAAGAAGAGUGGAUGCCUGUUCUUCAAGUAAGUAGAUGGCUUUUCUUCAAAUAGAUAACUAAACCCAAAAAACAUACAAAAAGUUGGACAUGUCAUUCACAGUUAGCCAAUGGAUAACUAAGUGCUACUGUGGAAUUGGACUAGAACCAAUUCCAUUGUCAAGUUGCAGCUAAAGGAUCACACAGCUUGACUUUUAAACUUGCCUUUGGAUGUUGCUCUCUUACCCUGUAAAGCACCAGUGUACUUGUCACUUCAGGCAUUUGGUACAUUUCAUCCUAACAAAAAGUUAGUUCUCUGGAAUCAGUUCAUAAAUGAACUGCCUUGAGAGAAGAGAUGAUAUCUCUGAUAGCAGAUAAUAAAAAUGGAACAUCUGUCUGCAACUUAUCCUCUGGUGAUUGUACAAUUUAAGGAUAGCUGAGAUGUGUCCUAUUUGGAGUGGCUAUUUGGAGUGGCUAAGAAAAUUCAGUACUGCAAGUGUGUGAAGUAGAUUUUAGAACUUAAUGUUUUUAGGAGAAGAAAAUAUGGAUUUUAAUAACAAAAAAAAAAAUGGUGUUCCCAAACCUGCACCUUAUAUUGCACAGAAAAUAAUACCUCCUUGUGUUGUGGAAAUUAGCUUGAACAUCACACUUGAGUGCCCCCAUUCCACAUUUGACUUGUAGCAUUCGGCAGUGAAGUGAGAAAAAUCUUAUUAUAAAUGAAAAAAAAAAAAAACGGUGAAGCUGUUUUUCUCAGUGUCCCGUAAUAAACUUACAGUUCUGAAAUAAUUUUAAGCCUUGUGCAGGGUUUUCACACCUCAGUGUUUAAAGAGACUGAAAUAUCUACCACUCCUUGCAGGUAAUCUGCCCUUGCACAAGUGGUUAUCAGUCUCCCACUGUGAAUCCAGUGCUGUUUUACUGCCCUUUAAUUCCUCUGGAGCCAGAAUAUUUUGUAUCACUGCUCAGCAGUCAAAUCUUUCUUCCUGCCUUCUUUGACCCCCUACAGCAAAUCUCAUUUCCUCCCUCAACACUUGCAACA